UCAAGAAACCCAAGUUAGCCCUCCCAUCUUCCUCUUCUCCUUGUUGAAGAUGGAGGGGCAUUUUCGUAAAAGAAUCAAUCGUCUUCUUCUGGCGACGGCGGUGCUUCUGACGGUGGUGAUGAUGAUGGCGGAGGGGGUGAGGGGAGGAGGAGGAUACUGCAAAUCGGAGCUUCUGGCACUGUCUCCGUGCCUGCCUUACGUGGCAUCAGCACCGAACAACGUAUCGUCCUCAGUCUCUCCUCUGUGCUGCGGUCCCGUCGUCGGGCUUGGGUCGUCCUGGGCUUGUCUGUGUCACCUCCUCCAACAGCCCUCACUCCUGGGUUUCCCUCUCAACACCAGCCGCAUCCUCUCUCUCCCUUCUCUCUGUCAGAAGAACGAGCAACAUCUCUUCAAUGCAACCUCCUUCUGCCAAGGGCAUCUGACUACUGCACCACCACCGCUGCAAAGUCCCACAGGCUCUGAAUCUCCUGCUACACUGGGGAGAAAUACCAGCCCUACCUCACAGUUGGAACCGGGGGUGGAUUCAUCAUCAGUACCAUCUACGAUAAAGCCCGGGGCCCACAACAAGAGUGGGAGUGGAGGAUGCCUGAUCUCACUGGCACGAUUGAUCAUCUAUCAUAUCCUGACUGAUGUAAUCAUCAUAGCCCACACCCUUGCUAGCUUUAAUCGAUUCUUCUGAAAUUCUCUCAUCAUAACUCUGCUGUAUCUUGUAAUAUUACUUGCCCAACGUAUAUGUCUUGCAUGAGAAAUCAAGUGCCUCUCCGUCAUUGAGAGUUAGAAAUUCGAUUUGUAAGCAAAUGCGCCCUUAUUGAUAUUGUGAAGGCUGGCAAUGUAGUGUAUGUAGUAGAGUGAUGGACCAG